AUGUUUAAAGAGAUAUUCCACAGUACUAGACAGAACUCCUUUUCGCUCAAUCUACCUAAACUUUGUCCAACAGCACUUUGGAGUCAAACUGCAAUGACUUUUGCUGAUCAAUCAGUAGUUGGUGAACAUCCUGGUAACAUAUUUAUCAAUACAAAUAAUACAAUUUUUGUUGUUCAUCGACAGAGAAAUCAGAUCUUAGUCUGGAAUGAAAAUGAUACUCUGCCAAGUUAUGAUAUUUCAGUCGAAUUCCGGCUUACUAACUCAAUAUUCGUUAGAGAAAAUGGUGAUAUUUAUAUCGGUGAUAGUGACGAGAAUCGACGAGUACAAAGAUGGAUAGCAAGUAAUAAGACAUUUGUCACUGUCAUGAAAGUGGCUUCGGCGUGCUAUGGUCUUUUUAUCGAUGUCAUCGAUAAUUUGUACUGUUCAAUGCAAAACGAGCAUCAAGUGGUGAAAAAGUCAUUACAUGAUCUUGGAUUGGUACCGACUAUUGUUGCUGGAACAGAUAUUCUAGGAAAAGCACCGAAUCAACUCAACCAGCCUCAUGGUAUUUUUGUUGACGUUAAUUUAGAUUUGUAUGUUGCAGAUUGUGAGAAUAAUCGAGUUCAGUUAUUCCGAUUAGGAGGAUCAAAUGGAAUUACAGUUGUGGGUGGUAGUUUAUCAAGUCAAACAACUUUACUUAGUUGUCCUCAUGCAGUUGUAUUAGAUGGUCAGAAAUAUUUAUUUGUUGCAAAUACGAUGGAUCAUGCAAUUGUUGGUGAAGGAUUGCAUGGUUUUCGCUGUAUAGUUGGAUGUUAUACACAUAGCGCAAAACCAAACCAAUUGAGUUUUCGGAUGUCUCUUAGUUUCGAUCGUUCUGGUAAUAUAUUUGUUAGUGAUAAUAAUAAUCAUCGAAUUCAAAAGUUUAGAAUCAUAAAAAGUCCUUGUGAUAUGGCUUUCAGUCGACCUAAAUUUUGUUCGACAGCUAUUUGGCAUCGUAAUGGAUUUACAUUCGCUAAUGAAACAAUACUAGGCUCUAAACCUCGUGCUAUUGCUAUCGAUACAAAUGACUCUGUUUAUUUCAUUCAUUCAGAAAGAAAUGAGCUCUUAAUAUGGCAUAAUGGUGAUCACAAUUCAAUACAAAGAUUUCCUGAUAAUUUCUCUACUCCAGCAUCAAUUACUGUUACAAUAGAUGAUAAUAUUUAUAUUGAUAAUGGUCAACCAAACGGUCGAGUAAUGAAAUGGACACUACAUACACUCACAUUAACUACCGCAACGUAUGUUUUUUCAACAUGUUUUUGUCUCUUUGUCGAUAUUGGUAAUAAUCUCUACUGUUCAUUACACACUCUUCAUCGGAUUGUUAAAACACAAUUAUCUAAUUCUGCUAAGUCAUUACUCACUGUAGCAGGAGCAGACAAUGCAGGAUCUAGUUGCUAUGCACUUGAUCAUCCCAAAGGAAUUUUCGUUGACUAUAAAUUAAAUUUAUACGUGGCAGAUUGUGGAAAUAAUCGAGUUCAAGUAUUUCCACAUGGAAUAUAUAAUGGUAUUACAAUUGUAGGCGGUAGUUUAUCAAAUGAAACAAUUGGUCUUAAUUGUCCAAGUGGAAUUGCAUUAGAUGUUCAGAAUUAUCUAUUCAUUGUGGAUAGUGAUAAUCAUCGUAUUAUUGGUCAAAGUCGGUAUGGUUUUCGAUGUUUAUUGGGUUGUUAUGGGCAGGGUAGUCAUUCGACACAAUUAUCAUUUCCAUCAACUCUUAGUUUUGACCGAGUUGGUAAUAUUUUUGUUUUAGAUCAAGGAAAUAAUCGAAUUCAAAAAUUUCACUAUUUGAAAAACACAUGUGAUACAUCGUCAAUUACUGACACGACGUAUCCGGGUGCACUGAAAAACACGAGCCAAAUAUAUUUACGAAAAUGCAACUCGGAAGAGUUUUAUUACGAGGCUUUUGAGAUCUCUGUAUCAGAGAUUUAUUAUUACACCAUACAAAGUAGUAGUGAUGCCGAUAUUGAUUUAUAUGGUUAUAUUUAUGAGAAUAAUUUCAAUCCACUUGCCCCAGCUGAAAAUUUACUUGCAGAAAAUAAUGAUAUUAGUACAACUCAUCGUCAAUUUAAACUUGACAUUCCUCUUUAUGUCAACACUACAUAUAUAUUAAUAGUAACAACAUCUUCUUCUCAAGUUAUUGGCGAAUUCGUACUUAAUUUCCGGGGUGGGAAAAAUAUCAGUAUCAAACGUCAAAUAAUGCCAGUUAAUUUUCAACAAAAGUAUUCAUCCGAAUUUACUUUUAAAAGUGUAAUGUAUUAUCGAGAUUGUCGAAUACCAAAAUGUUAUUAUGAAAGUUUAGAAAUCAAUGUCAUUACAACAGGUUUAUAUAUUAUACGGAGUGAAAGUGAUAUUCAUAUGUAUGGUUAUAUUUAUGAAAGUGAUUUUAAUCCACUUAAAACCUCAGAAAACUUGCGCUUGCAACAUAAUGGUACAUGUAACAAUUAUCAAUUUAAAUUUAUUACUAAUCUUAAAAAUAAUACAAAAUAUAUAUUAGUUAUAACAACAUUUGAUCCAUAUACGAUGGGAAAGUUUUCGAUUUUCAUAUCUGGUUCAAAUAAUAUUAGCCAUCAUCGUUUUAAUCCAAAAUCGAGUGAUUGUGUGGUUGGCGAUCAAUGUAAUUUUUAUGUUAAAAGUAUUGGUUUAACUUUAGAUGAUAUUUUACAUGAUGAGCUUCGUUCAAAUAAACCUUUAAGUGAUCAAUCAACUUCGAUUAAAUUUAGUGUAACUCUAACAAUAAUUAUGUUCAUUGUUGGCUUAAUUAGUAGUAUUUUAUCUUUUUUAACAUUCAAAAAUAAAACCACACAACAAGUUGGGUGUGGAUUAUAUCUGUUAGCAUCAUCUAUAACUUCACUUUUAACUAUUAGUAUGUUUACAAUCAAAUUUUGGUUUCUUCUUAUUACUCGAAUCAAUGUUCCAAUGAUAAGUUUAACUGUUUUUCAAGGUGGUUGUAAAUUUAUUGAGCCAAUUCUUAAACUUUUGCUCUAUUUGGAUAAUUGGUUUAAUGCUUGUGUUGCUAUUGAACGAGGAUUUCAUAUUUUCAAAGGAAUUAAUGCAAAUAAGAUGAAGAGUAAACAUAUAGCUCGAUGGAUGAUUCUUAUUUUACCAUUUUGUAUUCUGAGUACUCUUAUUCAUGAACCAAUUUUUCUCAAACCAUUUGAAUAUCCAUCAGAAUUGAAUAGGAAUGAAUCAAAUUAUAUUUCUCUGAAUGGACGAAUGUCAGAUCGACCAAUCCAAUGUAUCGCUGAAUAUCCUCGUUCUGUUCAGUAUUAUAAUACGUUUAUUCUAUUUUUUCAUCUUGUAGUUCCAUUUAUUGCUAAUCUUUGUUCCGCUUUAUUUAUAAUCUUUGGUGCUGCUCGACAAAGAUCAAAAAUUAAAAAAAGUCACAAAUAUAUAGAUCAUGUUCGUACACAAUUAAAAGAACAUAAACAGUUGAUUGUCAGUCCUAUUGCUUUACUUGUUUUGUCUUCGCCACGUUUAAUUAUUGCAUUACUACCUGGAUGUGUUAAAAUAUCUGAAAAAUUAUGGCUUUAUCUUUUGGCUUAUUUCAUUUCAUUUAUUCCAUCAAUACUUAUUUUUAUGAUAUUCGUUUUUCCUUCAGAACUUUAUAUGAAGGCAUUUAAACAAUCGUUGAAUAUUAGUUGGUGGAGAAUUCAUUAA